AAUCUUUAACAUUAAAGAUGCACAACAAACUUGUGUACAUUCAGUUCACUGCUAGCUAACUAGAUUUAGAAUAAUAGAUUCUACUAGUUACUAGAUAUAUAUAGAUCUAGAUCUAGGAAUCAUAAAUUCACAGUAGCGUGAAAAAUGCACCAUAAAAGCAUUUGUAUAUUCUUACUCAACUUACUGUUCAUUAACAUUGUGUUAUUAUAUCAGCUCCAGGAUGUUUUGGCAGAUCUUGUUGAAAUGAAGAUAGUGGAUGAACCAUCAAGUUUUGGUAUCAAUAAUGUGUAUUCACAACAGAGUCACACUCAGCCAGAAGAAACACUUAAACUCAGAGUUCAACCUGCAAAUUUUUCAGGGCCUUCUCAUUUCCAGAGACUGAUAGGGCGCUGUUUUAGUUCCGUUAUAAGAAACUAUAAAUAUAAAUUCUGUCCAUUUUCUAAUGUGACACAGCAUGAACAAGGUCUUCAUUGGAAUCCAUAUAAAGGUGUCCUGGGAGUUUGGCAAGAAUGGGAGAUAGAGAACAAUACCUUUACUUCUAUGAUGAUGAAAGAUGGAGAUCCCUGUGGAAGUAUUUUCAGAUCAGUGAAAAUUACAUUCAUGUGUGGAAACCACAGUGAGAUAGUCAAUGCUAGUGAGCCUCAGACUUGUCAUUACCACCUGGUGUUUAGGACACCACUUGUCUGUCACCCAGAUUCUAUGCUAGUCUAUCCAGCCCUCAGCCCUGAAUUACAGAAAGAGUGGGAUCACCUUGAGCAUGUAAUGGCAAGACAGGAGUUAACUGCAAAGGGUUACCAGAAAAGGUUACGAAAACUCUUUGAAAAGGCUGGCUUAAUGUUGAGUAGAGAGGAACACACAACACUUUUAAAGAAAGCAGAACAAGUGGAGAAAGCAAAAAUCAGUGAAGGAGAAUUUGAAUCUCUAGAUACUUGUAAAGUGGAAUACAAGAAACUCCAAGAGCGAAUUAAACUCUUAGAAGCACAACUUACAUUUGAAGGGCCUGAUGAAAAUGAUUUUUCAGAUGACCAUUUACCUGAUAAAUAGAAAGUAUGUUGGCCUAGCUUUAUAUGAAUAUUUAUAUUUAACAAAAAAAAUGUACUGCUUUUUUGGUUUGAUGUGAAAAUGUUGGCUGUGUAUUAAAUCUGUUUACAUUGGAUUAUUUAUGUAUUUCAUUGAUCAUGUUCUGUUAUUAAAAAAAAUAGUUAAGCCAACUACAAUUCUUUGGCUCCAAGACAAUUUUAUAUAAUGUGAUAUCAUGGCUGCAAUUUUGGUCUUUACGAUAUUGUAAUAAUGGUUUAGCUAAAUGAUAAUGCAAGCUUUGUGUAUUGUUUAUGUCAUAUAUUCAGAGGCUCAUUGUAAAUAAUAGGGUUUAUUAGUUGAUGUUAUUCUUGGAUGUGACAUGACAUUUAUCCUGUGACUUGUACACACAUUGUUUUUUGAAUGAUAAGUAUUAUUUAGUUUUGUCAUGCAUCAGUGACAUAUUUGUUUUUCCACAUGAUAAGUGUAUAUUAGAAAGUUUUCACAUCAUUUCCUUUUCCAAAUAGUGGUUCUUUUUAUGUGUCAUUAUGUUUUUAAAAAUAAAACAAACUUAACUUGUAUUUACUUUGCUCACAUUUCCACUAUGGUUAUAUAAUAAACAGAUUUUUUAUGGGAAGUAAUUUUUUACUUUGUAUUUUUUCAAAUGAAACCAGCACUGUAAAGUAUAAAUAGUAUGUAUUUAUAAAUAAUUCAUUUAAUCAUUUGUUCUUGUUUAAAUAGCAUUGCAAUAUAUCAAGUUUCUUUUUUUUU